AUGCCUGAAAGCACACUUCACUUAGAGCACUUGAUGCAAGCUACUAAACUUUUGCAACUCAAAAAGACAGAUACAUUGGGAGACAUUGAAAUAAUUUAUGACGUUUGUUGGAUGUUGACACCAUCUCAAAUUCAAAAACUUAUGAAGCAUUAUUAUGUGGCUGAUUAUGAAAAACCAAUUAGUCGUGAGAUUUUGAAAGCUGUUGCAAAUCGAGUAACUGCGAAUGAUAAGAAAGAUAUUUUAUUUCUUGAUACGACAAUUCGGUACCUCACCUUAGACGGCUUGGGGCUCUAUCAACAUAAUUUAUUAAUUAAAGAGUACAGUAUAUAUGUUGUAAUUUAA